GAUUUCCCACCCGACUCCUUCUGGAUCCCAAUGUUUUGCUUAGUUUCUGUCCAUGCUUUCACUGUGAGCAGGGUUUCACAGAGCUGUGUACCGUGACGCCCAGGUCCCUGACCUGAGUUCAGAUAGUUAAAUUCGAACCUUGUAAGGUGUUUGAGGAGUUCAAGCUUUUCCCUCCAGCUAUUGACAUUGACAUUCACCUGCCAUCAUGCUGCCCAUUGUCCUGGCUUGGUUUGCUCCCUCUAAGUUGUCCUCUGGACUUGACUAUCACCUAAGUAAUCUGGAGUCAUCUGUAAAUGUUGCCACAUCACUGCUCAACCCCUCUUUCUAAAUUGGUAAUCACUAUAAAAUAUUCAAUGCACUAUUUGUUAUAAAGUGUGUAACCCUCCUCACUUUCCUUUUUCUCCUUCACAGGCACCUUGAGCUUUACUGAGCCCAAUCAACGCUUCCACCAUUGCAUGGCAGAUUUCAACCUCACCCCCACUGACUUUUCAACAUUUAUUCUAAUGGGCAUCCCUGGUAUGGAAGCUGCCCACGUCUGGAUUUCCAUCCCUUUCUCUGUGUUCUACAUUAUCUGCCUGUUGGGAAAUUUCAUGCUUCUCUUUCUUGUAGGGAAAGAGCAGAGCCUGCACAAGCCGAUGUACCUGCUGCUCUGCAUGCUGGCACUCACAGAUAUCACUACGUCUACCUUCGUCAUUCCAAAAGCACUGUUGAUAUUUUGGUUCAAUUUGAAAGACAUUACUGUGGGUGGCUGUCUCAUACAAAUGUUCUUCCUUCAUGCGGUUUCUAUUAUGCACUCAGCUGUCCUUGUGACAAUGGCCAUCGAUCGUUACGUUGCUAUAUGUAACCCUCUGAGAUACACCACUUUCCUCACCAAUUCACGAAUAGCUAAGCUAGGGCUAGUGGGUUUGAUAAGAGCUGUUCUCUUCAUUCUGCCCCUGCCCAUGCUCCUAAUCAGGCUUCCAUUCUGUGCCAGCCGCAUUAUCCCCCAUACAUACUGUGACCACAUGGCUGUAGCAAAGAUAUCAUGUGGGGACAUCACAAUCAACAGGAUUUAUGGUUUGGUAAUGGCAUUUGUAGUCAUGGGGUUUGACCUGACAAUCAUUGCCCUGUCUUACAGUCUGAUCAUCAGGGCUGUCCUCAGAAUCAACUCUAAGGAAGCUCACCAGAAAGCCCUCAAAACCUGCACAGCCCACAUCUGUGUGAUGAUGCUGGCUUAUCCUGUUGGAUUCUUCUCCACUCUGGUACACCGGUUUGGCCAUGACUUUGCUCCCCAGGUUCACAUCAUCUUGGCCAAUGUCUAUUUUGUCAUUCCCCCCAUGCUCAACCCUAUCAUUUAUGGUGUUAAAACCAAAGAACUUCGUGACAAAGUUGUCAAAUACACCUACAGAAUAUGCUCACCUGGGACAACUUACUUUAACCCGGCCUGACAAAAGGGGUGUGACAUUGCACUCCAUAUGCUUUAUGGAAAUAUGCUUAUGAAUGUGAAUAUGAUGUAACUGUAAUAUGCUUUAUGCAGAAGGUCUCUUGUAUGGUGGGACGUUAUUGACAUAUAUUGACCGUAUAGAUCAUUGUUGCAAUGAAGGUCCAAUAGUUGCAAAAAAAUUUGUACAAAUGAGAUUAAGAUGUCUGUGAAAAGGUUGUAAUUUUCUGGUUAUGAUAAUGCUGUCUGUAUGCGUGUAUCAUUUGUGUAUUUGAAGUUAUGAAUUUUAGCUAUGUACUUAUAUCUCAAUGUGUUUGAUUCUAAGUAGCCUCAGUGAAGCAUUUGGUCAGCUUCUUGAGAAAGGACUAUUCUGAGUAAGUGCCCAAUC